AACAGGCAACAGCUGAAAUGAGCAGUGAGCGGUGUAGUGUGUGUAAGCCUCUGGAUCUAAUACCAUCUACCUGCCCUUGUCACUCUGAUAGUCUGCCAAAGGUGGCCCAAGUUUUCCACCGAUGUUAUGGCAAACCUCAAUGGCCUAUUUUAAAGCGUUCUCCAAUUUAAUCAGAAAGACGGCUCCAUCUCAGCCACAAGAGGAACUGCGCUGUGCGUUUUUUGGAGACCUGAACACAUUCCACAGUCGGACUUUCCGCUUAUCUUUCCUCUGCUAAAAGCGUGCACGGUCUCUUUUUUUUUUUUUUUUUUUUUUUUUUUUUUUUUACCGAUGAACUCUAUGAGGGAUCCAUUAAACGUUGACCAUCAUCUAACAGGGAAUAAACUUGCCUCCACACACCACACGGCUCUGGCGAUGGCUUCUAGUUUACAGCCGCUGCAACGGUCUGUGGACUCUAAGCACCGGUUAGAGGUGCACACUGUGUCGGACACAUCAAGCCCAGAGUCUGUCGAAAAGGAGAAAAUACAGAAUAAAAACGACGACUCCUCAGACGACCCUUCCAAAAAGAAGAGACAGCGGCGGCAGAGAACUCAUUUUACCAGCCAGCAGCUGCAGGAACUGGAGGCCACUUUCCAGCGGAAUCGCUAUCCGGACAUGAGUACAAGGGAGGAGAUAGCCGUGUGGACCAACCUCACAGAGGCCAGAGUUAGGGUUUGGUUUAAGAACCGACGAGCCAAGUGGAGGAAACGGGAAAGAAACCAGCAAGCCGAGCUUUGUAAGAAUGGAUUCGGCCCGCAGUUUAAUGGACUCAUGCAGCCCUACGAAGACAUGUACCCCAGCUACACGUACAACAACUGGGCCGCCAAGGGUCUCACGUCCGCCUCUUUAUCCACAAAAAGCUUCCCCUUCUUCAACUCAAUGAAUGUCAACCCUUUAUCCUCGCAGACCAUGUUCUCACCGCCCAACUCCAUAUCCUCCAUGACGUCCAGCAUGGUGCCAUCGGCCGUCACCGGUGUGCCGGGAUCCAGCCUCAAUAGCCUCAAUAACUUAAACAACCUCAGUAACCCGUCUCUCAACUCCGGGGUGCCCACGCCGGCGUGUCCUUACGCGCCUCCGACCCCUCCUUACGUGUACAGGGACACUUGUAACUCCAGCCUGGCCAGCCUGAGACUGAAAGCCAAGCAGCACUCGAGUUUUGGAUACGCCAGCGUGCAGAAUCCGGCCACCAAUCUGAGCGCUUGCCAAUACGCUGUGGACAGACCAGUCUAAUACCUACCUGCACUGCAAAAAAUAACCAUCUUAGCAAGAUAUUAGAGGCUAGAAGUGACGCUUUAAGUUAUUUUUCUUUUAAAAGAGCGAUGAAACCUGGUUAGAUCACUUUUACGUUUUUCACACGUGUUGAAAUUUCUUGGUCAUCUGGCAUUUUCAUGAUUCAGAUGGACGUUUAUUAUUCUGUCUCCUGAAGGCACUGCCAGCUGUACCACGACAACAUUCAAAUUAUUUCACGAAUCAUUUGAGAUUAUUCUCCCUCUCGGUACCAAUAUUUUCAUUUUUUUUAAAGAAGAAAUAAGAUUUUAAGGGUGAUUAUGAAACCAAAUGGCUUGAUAUGGUGGUCAUUUUUUGCAGUGUGUGGGUAAUCACAAACAGCCGUCCACAGGAACAAGAGACUACUACAACUACUUUUGUCAUGUUUUUUUUCUCUCUCUCGAAAAAAAAGGGCACUAAAAGACUGAACCACUGAAACAAGCUCAUCUCCAAAACCGGAGCCUAACUGAAACGGGAGUUUUUAGGUUUAUUCCCUUUUGAUGAGCCCAGGCCUGCUUCACAUGUGCGCCUCUGCAAAAGCGGCCUGUUUUCAUUUUUCAUAGCUCGUCAUGAGGGUUUUAUUUUUUAUUUUAUUUUAUUUUUUCUGGUGGAUUCUGGACGUUAACUGAUGACUGAAAAGGUUGUAUAUAUAUAUUUGAAUUAUCAUCACCUGUUUGUCGAGGCGAAUGCGCUAUAACCCUCCAGUCCUCUCCAGGUUCAAUUUAUCAACGCAUGUGGAAAAAAGAAGAAAAAAAAAAACUAAAACGGAAUCAUGUUUUGCUUGCAAACAAAAAGGGAAUGUACAUACUAAAACGCACCAGUUGUGUGUUUCUAACAUAUUAUAAAUUUAUUAUUAAUGUCUGUGUGAAUAUCGACU